AUGGGUGCUCUGUUUACUGAUGACCAGCGGGGAGGGAAUGCAGAGGUGGCGUUCAAAUACGCCAUCCACACCGUGAACAAGAAUAUCACCCUCCUUCCCGGCACGGUGCUACUUCACGACAUCCAAUACGUCCAUCCUCAUGACUCUUUCUACGCCGAACGAAUGGCCUGCAGACAAUUGUCUGGGGGAGUGCAGGCGCUGUUCGGACCAGCAGAUGCCCGGCUUGGGGCGUACGUGCAAAGCGUGUGCGAUGCCCUGGACGUGCCCCACCUGGAUGCUCGCCUGGACUUCAGUUCUCUCGCCCGGGAGAGGGAGUUCGCCAUCAACCUCUUCCCAGGGCCUGAAAUCCUCAGCCAGGCUUACCGGGAGGUCGUCCGCUACAUGAACUGGACCAGUCUCUUCAUAAUCUACGAGGAAGACCUUGGGUUGGUGAAGCUGCGUGACUUCAUCCUCACGCCUCCGUUCCAUGGAAUGGACAUCCUAGUCCAAAAGGGGAACUCGGAUACGUUCAUCCAAGUCCUAAACGAGACCAAGAAGAAGGACGUUUACAACAUGAUGAUCGACAUUCGUCCUCAGUCUACGGCCGCAUUCCUCAAGGCUAUCCUGGACUUGGAUAUGAACGACUACAAGUACCACUACCUCUUCACUUCUUUCGACAUGGAGACGUUCGACUUGAAGGCGUUUGAAGACAACUUCGUGAACAUGACUGCCUUUCGCCUGGUGGAAACCGGUCGUCCGGAAGUCCGAGCUAUUCUUCGGGAACUUCAAAACUUUCAAGCUGGAGCCAGAUCCUCUGGCUUCGUCAUCGAAUCGGAGUCUGCCCUGAUGUACGACUCGGUCCACGUGUUCGCCCAGGGACUCCAAGCUCUGGACAGAAGCACGACUCUUCGGCCUGCAAACUUAUCGUGCGACGAUGUUAUACCUUGGAGCGACGGGUCUUCCCUCUUCAACUACAUCAAUCUAGUGGAAUGGAGAGGUCUCACGGGACCGAUUCAGUUCAAAGAAGGUCGAAGGACGAACGUGAAGUUGGACCUGUUGAAGCUGAAGCGACAGAGGUUCGUGAAAGUCGGUGAAUGGUCCGAGUCCAGAGGAGUAAACAUCACCAAUCAUUCCGACUUCUACGAUAUUGGGCCUCUCAAUGUUACGUUGAAAGUCAUCACGAUUGUUGAACGGCCAUUCGUGAUGAUGCGACCCGAGAAGAGUUACGCGGGGAAUGCCCGUUUCUACGGGUUUUGCGUGGAUCUCUUGGGAGAGGUUGCAAAAAUGGUUGGCUUCCGCUUUCGUCUGGAACUCGUUCCGGAUGGCGUUUACGGAGUCAAGAAUCCCUUCACGGGAGAAUGGAACGGAAUAGUCCGACAGCUCAUGACGCGCGAGAUCCCAUACGUGAUGAUAUCGAGGGACAAUGCGACGGGAAACUACACGUUCACCGGUUUCUGCAUCGACAUGCUGAAAGCCAUUUCCAACUUGGUUGGCUUUCAGUACGAGAUCAAGCUGGUCGACGACGGUGUCUACGGCAUUUUUAAUCCAGAAACUGGGAAAUGGAACGGGAUGGUGGGAUCCCUCAUUGACAAGAAAGCAGAUUUAGCGGUGGGAUCCAUGACCAUCAACUACGCCAGAGAGAGUGUGAUAGACUUCACGAAACCGUUUAUGAAUCUCGGCAUCUCCAUACUCUUCAAGGUUCCGACGAGUCCACCGACCCGGCUGUUUUCCUUCAUGAACCCAUUGGCCAUCGAGAUCUGGCUUUACGUGCUUGCAGCAUAUGUACUCGUUUCGAUCACAUUGUUCAUCGUGGCCCGAUUCUCGCCUUACGAAUGGUACAACCCUCAUCCCUGUGUCGUGGAGUCUAACGUGGUCGAGAAUCAGUUCAGCCUGGCCAACUGCUUCUGGUAUGCCAUCGGGACCCUCAUGCAGCAGUCGGACUUAAACCCAAAGGCGGCCUCGACCCGUAUCGUGGGAGCCAUCUGGUGGUUUUUCACGCUGAUCAUCAUCUCGUCGUACACCGCGAACCUGGCAGCCUUCUUGACGGUGGAACGCAUGAUCACCCCCAUCGAGAGUUCCGAGGACUUGGCCGAUCAGAGCACCAUCGAAUACGGGACACUCAAGUCCGGCUCCACUAUGACUUUCUUUCGAGAUUCCAAGAUCGAGACGUACCAGAAGAUGUGGCGUUUCAUGGAGAACCGGAAGCCGUCGGUGUUCGUCGACACCUACGAAGAAGGCAUCCGGAAGGUUCUGGAAGGAAAUUAUGCUUUUCUCAUGGAGUCGACCAUGCUGGACUACAGCAUCCAGCGAAACUGCAAUCUCACACAGAUCGGAGGCUUACUCGACUCCAAGGGAUAUGGAAUUGCCACACCCAUGGGCUCACCCUGGAGAGACAAGAUAUCCCUGGCCAUUCUGGAGCUUCAGGAAAAGGGGACGAUUGCUAUGAUGUACAAUAAAUGGUGGAAGAACGCCGGCGACACAUGCAAGCGCCAAGAUCGGUCCAAGGAGUCCAAGGCGUCCGCCUUAGGCGUCGAUAAUAUCGGACGAUCGGGUUCAAGUGUAACCGAACGAAUCCAAUCGAUAGGUGGAGUGUUCGUGGUUCUUCUGUGCGGUCUGGCAUUCGCCGUCAUCAUUGCCAUACUGGAGUUCUGUCGGAACUCGAAGAAGAAUGCCCAAACCGAUCGGUCUAUGUGUUCGGAGCUGGCAGAAGAACUCUGCUUCGCAGUGCGAUGCUGCGGUUCGCGCCAGCGACCCGCGCUGAAGCGUCAGUGUUCACGAUGCAUGCUCGGCACCACUUACGUCUCAGCGGCUGGCCUGGACCUCACCAUGGGACAGGAAAACGGUGUCCGGCAUCGAACAGCAGAUGUGAGGAAGAAUUCAUACCACUGCGACUGUGAGAGAUGAAGAUCAUCUUUGCAACAUUCACGGCGACAUUCUCAAAAAUGUGGAUUUUAUACAGGUUUUACGCAAUCAUGAAUAAAGAACGUUG